AUGGCAAACAAGUAUUUUUCCUCUGUUCUGAAGUCGUUGCUUCUGCUUCUUCACCUUGUAUUCUUGAGUAAGCAACAUGUUGACUCUGCCUCAAUCGUCAAGUUCCUUCCUGGUUUUGAAGGCCCCCUUCCCUUUGAGCUCGAAACCGGGUAUAUUGGUAUUGGUGAGGAAGAGGAAGUGCAACUGUUCUACUACUUCAUCAAGUCUGAGAGGAACCCAAAAGAAGACCCUCUUAUUCUCUGGCUAACUGGAGGACCUGGCUGCUCUUCCAUCUCUGGCCUUCUUUUUGAGAAUGGGCCUCUAACUAUGAAGCUUGACGUUUACAAUGGAACUCUCCCUUCUUUGGUCUCUACUACAUAUUCUUGGACAAAGACUUCGAGCAUGAUAUUCUUGGAUCAGCCUGUUGGAACUGGCUUUUCCUAUUCAAGAACUCAACAAUUUAAUAAACCUAGUGAUUCAGGAGAAGCCAAACGGAUCCAUGAGUUUCUUCAAAAGUGGCUAGGCAAGCAUCAAGAGUUUUCCUCCAACCCUUUCUAUGUUGCCGGAGAUUCUUAUUCCGGUUUGGUUGUUCCCGCUACCGUUCAAGAAAUCUCAAAAGGAAACUAUGAAUGCUGCAAUCCUCCAAUAAACCUUCAGGGCUAUGUGCUUGGUAAUCCGUUAACAGACUAUGCAAUUGAUAGUAACAGCCGCAUUCCAUUUGCCCAUGGAAUGGCACUGAUAUCUGAUGAACUCUACGAGUCGUUGAAGAAAACCUGUAAAGGAGAAUAUACAAAUGUUCAUCCACGUAACACACAAUGCUUGAAAUUCAUUGAAGAAUUUAAUAAGUGUACAAACAGAAUACUCCAACAACUUAUACUAGAUCCGUUGUGCGAAACUGAAACUCCAGAUUGCUAUAUUUAUCGGUAUUUGCUAACUACCUACUGGGCCAAUGACGCGACUGUGCGCGAAGCUCUUCAAAUCAAUAAGGAGAGUAUAGGGGAAUGGGUACGAUGUUAUCGCACUAUUCCUUACGAUAAUGACAUUAAAAGUAGCAUGCCUUACCAUGUGAAUAACAGCAUCAGUGGUUAUCGUUCUCUCAUCUACAGUGGUGAUCAUGAUUUGGAAGUACCUUACCUUGGAACUCAAGCUUGGAUAAGAUCUCUCAACUAUUCAAUUAUUGAUGACUGGAGGCCAUGGAUGAUCAAAAAUCAAAUCGCUGGGUACACAAGGACUUAUGCCAACAAAAUGACAUUUGCUACUAUAAAAGGAGGUGGGCACACAAUAGAGUUUAAACCAGAGGAAGCCUCUAUCAUGUUUCAAAGAUGGAUCAAUGGCCAACCUCUCUAAAAGAGGGGAGUACCUGCCUUAACGUAUAAAGGAAAAGAAAAUACGAUUCUAGUAACACAUCCAAAUAUAUAUAAGAACCCUUGGCCUUAUAAAUGAAUAGAAUUUAAACUCAUAAUUUGUAAGCAACAUGUGUGUUGCUUUUCCACAAUCUUGGUAUAGUUGCAUUUCACCUUUUUUUUUUUCAGCAAGC